UAGUCUAGGCGUCCUUCCUAUUUCUUGAUUUUCCCAGUACACACGGACCCACACACACGAUUUUACACGCAUAGCUUAUACAAGGACGCCGGGCGGUCGUGUAUUUGUUAGCUUGGUAUGUAGCUAUCUAGCUAGCAAUGCUACAACAAUUGAACAGAGGAAAUAAGUCAGACCAGCUAGCCAGCUAACACUUAGCUAGGACAAAGAGAUUCGACCAUAUAGCUUUGGCAAUGCAAUGCAAGAGAUGUGGGGCUGACCGUUUUGUUGUUAUUGCGAAACAUCGUCUGAUCAAUUUUUUUCGAAGAGAAGAAUAACUCACUAGAUUGACAACGUUAGCAGCCUUUAUUCAGAAAGAUUUUUCUAUUUUGUACAUACAUUGUUUUGUAUAUACUGUAUAUGAUGACGUCAUUAGGCAGCGACCGAGCCCGGGGCUCUCGGGACAAGGUGCUGCCCGCAACCACACAGAACUCUCAGCCACAGAAACAGCCACAGGCAACAGCCGAACAGAUCCGACUUGCCCAGAUGAUCUACGAUAAGAACGAUGCAGACUUUGAAGACAAAGUCAAACAGCUGAUGGAGGUGACCGGAAAGAACCAGGAUGAGUGCAUGGUGGCACUGCACGACUGCAAUGAGGAUGUGAACCGAGCCAUCAACUUCCUGCUGGAAGGGACCUCGGACACGGCCUCCUCUUGGGAGACGGUAGGGAAGAAGAAGGUGGGGAAAGACAGCAGCUCCUCCGAGAGCAAGGAGAACCGUGAGAACCGCGAGAACCGGGACAAGCGCGGAGAGCGAGAGGGCAGCCGCGGACGCGGCGGGGCCAGCAAGAAAGGCCGGGGAGGCAGCCGCAGCCGGCCCGGUGAGGUGCGAGCAGAGGAGAAUGGGGUGGACGCUGCUCAUGUGGAAAGAGGUGCUGACCGCGGCCGCAGGGGAAGAGGACGAGUGUCAGGAAGCAGGGGAAGAGGCAGAGCCCCAGGGACCAGCCGGUUUACAGCACAGGGAAUGGGGCCUCAACCAGUGCUGCUGACAGCUGAAGCAGCAAGAGACAGAAUGAGGACCUUCAACCCUGCCGACUACACCACAGAGCAGGGAUCAGGUGGCGCGCACACGGAGAACUGGGAGGCCGGGGCCAAUGACACCACAGAUGGGCCAGUGGCUUGGAGGAGCCCUCUGGAGGACUGGGCCGCUGAGGACUGGAGCGAGGACGUAAGUCUCUCCGAGACCAAAGUGUUCACCGCCUCUUGUGCACCUGCUACGGAGAACCACGUCACACCUGGCCAAAGUCUGGACUUGGCCUCUCUGCUGCAGAAGCCGGCUGGCAGGGAGGAAGUGGGUGGGCCCCUGAAGGCACCUUCCCACAGCCUGGUGUUCACCAACUCCCACCACCACACUACCCGCAACGGGGGCACUACACCGGGCACUGCCAGUUACGCACAUGCCACCCUGUCGUCUGUGCUGGGCUCUGGAUUCGGCGAGCUGGGCGGCCCCAAGCUGGGCCAGUCUGCCGGAGCUCAGAUCCUGGAGCAGCUGAAGGGACCGGGCCUGGGCCCGCUGCCCACGCAGCCCCCCAGCAGCACGGGGCCCGGCCACGGCCCGGGGGUGGGGGGCCUGGGGGGGUCGGCGGCGCCGGCCGCACCUCCCUCCGUGUCCACCGCUGCUCCGUCGUCCUGGGACAUGAAGCCGCCCGUGACUCAGAGCUCCAUGCCCACACCCUCGCAGUUCAGCCGUGAGUUCAAGCUGCAGCCGGAGCCGUCUCUGGUGCUGAGCCAGCUGGCGCAGAGGCAGACGCCCAGCGCCCUGAGCCACGGCAGCCCCCUUCCCCUGGCCCGGCAGCAGCAGCAGCAGCAGCAGCAGCCCCCCAGCCCCCCGCCGGCCACCUCGGCCCCCAGCGGCGCCCUGGAGCCCUUCGCCAAGCCGCAGGAGCCCUCGCUGCAGCGCGACGGACCCUCGCAGCAGGCCCAGCAGCCGGACGCACAGGCCGUGGCUAACGCACAACAGCAGAGGCAGAUGAAGACGCAGAAACGCAGGAUACCUCCCUCCUCCAAGAUCCCCUCGUCUGCCGUGGAGAUGCCGGGCUCAGCAGACGUGCCGGGGCUGAACGUGCAGUUCGGGGCGCUGGACUUUGGCUCGGAGUCGGCCCUGCCGGACUUCAGCGCGCCCGAGGCCUGCGCCAACAGCGGCAGCACCAACAGCAGCAGCAGCGAGGCGCCCAGAGACCCUCCUGCUGUCAGUCAAACGCAGAGCAGCCUCUACUCCAAACCUAUCAGUGAGUCUCUGACCAACCCGGUUCCCCUGAUGCUGCCCCUGGCCUCCACGGACAGCAUCUACCCGUCGGCCUCCGUGGCCCUGCCCAGCCUGGCGCCCUCGCUCAGCACCCCCAGCACGGCGCCCGUGCCCUCCGCCACCCCCUCCUCGUCCUCCGUCUCCUCGGCGGCCAGCAGCUACGACUGCGCCGUCGCCCCGCACUCGAGGCUCGCUUUCUCCCAGAGCAAAGAAGCCCCUGGCCCUGUGACGAAUGGUUAUAACGGUGUGAGGACAUCUGCUGCUCUUGACUCCACAUCCGCGUCCUCCACCCCCAAACCGGAGUCACCGUCUCUGGGCAGUGCGGGCAGUGGGCCCGUCUCUGCCCCCUCGGCCAUCCUGCCCCCCUCCAUGCCCCCCCACAGCACACCACUCUCCAGCCUGGCAGCCGAGCACCCCUCAGCCAGCCUGCCCCCUCUCAGCAGUCAUGUAAGCAGUGGCCACUCCUCUGUCUCAGCACUUGUUACCAGCUCUUCUCUCGCACACUCCAGUGUGGACAGCGUGAACUCGCUGGCUCCCCCCUCCUCUGUGACCUACUCAGGGGUGCAGACACAAGGCCUGCCCAUGAGCGUCGGCGGUUCCGUGGGCAUCGCCAGCAGCAACGCCGGCCUGCACAGCUCCGGAAUGCUGGGCCUCACCGCCAACGGGACCACAACGAAUGCCAACACGGCGUCCGCCAUCAGGACCACACAGCUGCUGUCCUCCUCCAGUAAAGCUCCUCCUAACUUGUCUCAGGGGGUUCCUCCUCUUCUGCCCAACCAGUACAUCAUGGGUCCCGGAGGCCUCCUGCCAGCAUACCCGCAAAUCUAUGGCUACGAAGACCUGCACAUGCUGCAGUCUAGAUUACCCAUGGACUACUACGGAAUCACAUUCCCAGGCCCUGCGGCGGCUCUCUCCAGCAGAGACGGCGGCCUUGCCAACAACCCUUACUCAGGUGAAGUCACAAAGUUUGGGCGGGGCGACUCCACCUCCCCGGCGCCCCCCACCUCCCUGUCGGCUGCUCACCAGGCGCCCCCUCAGCAGGCGCAGCAACAGGGCCAGAACGCCGGCGGCAGCGGGCCGCAGUCGCAGGGCCACCACGCCGCGCAGCAGGCCUUCCUCAACCCGGCGCUGCCGCCCGGCUACAGCUACACGGGCCUGCCCUACUACCCGGGGAUGCCCGGCGUGCCCAACGCCUUCCAGUACGGCCCCACCAUGUUCGUGCCGCCGGCCUCGGCCAAGCAGCACGGGAUGGGCCUGAGCAACGCCCCGCAGGCCACGCCAUUCCAGCAGCCCAGCAGCUACGGCCAGCACACCUUUAGCUCAGGGUACGACGACCUGACGCAGGGUCCGGCAGGAGCAGACUACAGCAAAGGCUACAGCAGCUCCUCCCAGUCACAGGCCAAAUCUGCUGCCUCCGGCCCGGGGAAAGGUGUCUCUGUGACGUCUAGUAACUCCGGUGUGCCAGAUAUCAGUGGAACAGUUUACAAUAAGACCCAGUCGUUUGAUAAGCAGGGUUUCCAUGCUGGUACCCCUCCCCCCUUCUCCCUGCCGUCUGCCCUGGGGGGCACUGGGCAGCUCACCCCUGGGGGGGCUCCGGGCUACGCCCCCGCCCCCUUCCUGCACAUCCUGCCCCCCCAUCAGCAGCCCCACUCCCAGCUCCUGCACCACCACAUGAGCCAGGACACACAGGGUGGUCCGAGCCAGAGGAGCCAGUCCAGCAGCAUGCAGCAGAAGACACAGGUCAACAAGUCCAGUUACGGCAGCUCCCCUUACUGGGGCAACUAAGCGUGUGUGUGUGACCGUGCGUGUGUGCGAGUGAACAAGUGUGUGUCUGUGUGCGCGUGUGUGUGCAUUUGGGCACACACACAUAUGUGCUACCAGUCGCACAAGCCCACACCACACCAUGGCAACCAACCCACCCACCAACCUCCGAUUAACUGAUGGAUGAGGUGGAUAGACCAUUUACAUCAUCAUGACACACGCAUGCACGUGCGCACGCACACGCACAUACACACACACACCCCACCCCACACUCAAAACAGAUACAUAUAUACACACUACCUUCUCCCUGUUGAUCUCUCAUCUCCCCCUUUUCAAAGUUUUGGCUGUUGUAUGUAAAAUAUAUUUAUGUACGUAUUUAUACAGUAUGCUAUGUAUUGGUAGGAUAUGAAAUGUGGUCAUCUGCAUUUUGUUUUUGAAGGAUCUUUUUAUUAAUUUCCAAAAUGGUUGAGAUAUACGCAAAAGUUGGCGCAGAGAAUUUAAAGACAAAGAAUACAAACAACUGGCUGAAACUUAAAAACCGAAGGUGAAUAUACUUGAAUCAGUGCUAGCAUCCUGAGAGACGGCAGUUAUUUUUAUUUUAUUUUUUGUAUACAUACACAGAAAUUCUGAAUGACGGUGUACAUUAUCGCAGAGCAUCAUCUUAUUGGUGAAGCCUUUUUUAAAGAACUCUUUUGUAUUUUUUUUUUGUUUUUUUUUGUCCCAGCCCCUUCCUUGUUUGACCUCCAAACUGUUUUCUAUCGAAGAAGGCGGUGUCUUGGCUAAGGCCAAGCUCCGCCCCUGAAUUUGUCCCCUCCCCCUGAUCCUCCUCCCUUGUCCAAAUUGGCUGAACACGUAGCUGCAGUUUUAAGAAUUCGUAUCAUUUUAUCAAACUUUUUGGUUUUACCCCCUCGUCCAAAUAAAACGAAAAACUGACCAGUA